AUGGUGCGGCUGGCGGCCGAGCUGCUGCUGCUGCUGGGGCUGCUCCUGCUCACCCUGCACAUCACCGUGCUGCGCGGCGGCGGGGAGCCUCACGCCCCCACGGGCGCCGGCAACCACAGCCAGCGGCAGAACACACUGAGUGCAGAUGACCAUUCUCCUGAAGACAGCUUCACCCUGAACCCCGAGGACCACAGGGAAUACCCCGAUCUCCAGGCUGCCCACCGACCAUUCCCUAAACAGCGAUUCCGGCAGGAAAACGGGCACACGUCCCUGCAAAGAGAUGGACCCAGAUCUUUCCUCCUGGAUCUCCCAAACUUCCCCGACCUAUCAAAAGCAGACAUCAAUGGGCAGAACCCCAACAUUCAGGUUACCAUUGAAGUGGUGGAUGGCCCCGACACCGAGACAGACAAGGAUCUGCAGAAGGAGAGCAGCAAGCCCAGCUGGCCAGUCCCAUCACCUGACUGGAGGAGCUGGUGGCAGAGGUCCUCCACCUUGACUCGCAUGAGCAGUGGUGACCAGGACUACAAGUAUGACAGCACUACUGAGGACAGCAACUUCCUAAACCCUCUCGGUGGGUGGGAUGGUCAUGCACCCGGUCACCGGACAUUCGAGUCCAAGGAGCAGCCAGAGUAUGAUUAUAUUGAUGGUGAGGGCGACUGGAGCCCGUGGUCCCUCUGCAGCGUCACCUGCGGGAGCGGGAACCAGAAGCGGACGCGGUCCUGCGGAUACGCCUGCACAGCCACCGAGUCCCGGACCUGUGACAGGCCCAACUGCCCAGGGAUUGAAGACACCUUCCGGACAGCUGCCACGGAGGUGAGCUUGCUUGCAGGGAGUGAAGACUUCAAUGCCACCAAACUGUUUGAAGUUGAUACUGAUAGCUGUGAAAGAUGGAUGAGCUGCAAGAGCGAGUUCCUGAAGAAAUAUAUGCACAAAGUGGUCAACGAUCUUCCCAGCUGCCCAUGCUCCUACCCCAGAGAAGUUGCUUACAGCACUGCUGAGAUCUAUGAUCGCCUUAAGAGGAAAAACUUUCGCUGGAAAGAUGCAAGUGGUCCGAAGGAAAAACUGGAGAUCUAUAAGCCCACGGCACGAUACUGCAUCCGCUCCAUGCUCUCUCUGGAAAGCACAACACUGGCAGCACAGCACUGCUGCUAUGAUGACAACAUGCAACUGAUCACCAGAGGGAAGGGGGCGGGCACACCAAACCUGAUCAGCAUUGAAUUCUCAGCAGAACUCCAUUACAAAGUGGACAUUCUGCCUUGGAUCAUAUGCAAAGGGGACUGGAGCCGCUACAACGAGGCCCGGCCUCCCAACAAUGGGCAGAAGUGCACAGAAAACCCCUCAGAUGAGGACUACUACAAGCAAUUUCAAGAAGCAAGGGAAUACUGAGAAGGUUUUCCUCCUCAGAAAAUUCAGACACAAAGUAGCAUUCGUUUCCUGGAUGCCAAAGUACUGGUGGUGGCUGCUGCAUUGGCUCCUUGACAGGGGUUGAUCAGAUCCUUUCUAAUGAAUGUAUAUAGUUGUAAUAUAAUACAUAAGUAUUUUUCAUAGUGUGUGUAAUUUAUAAACACAUAUCUCUCUAUCUCACACACACCUAUUUUUACAUACAGACAUACAUAAAUCUUGUCCUGGUAGGAUUUUAUACUGCAAUAACAUUCAUGUAAUAAUGUGCAUUUCAUUUUAUUUCCCAACUGUAACAUAAUGGGGGGUUGGGGGUGGGCAGCUGCCUUCACCAUCAGGCCCCAAGGCCCCAGCUGAGGAGGCACAUAUUUAAAAGUUGUUAUAAACAAUAGGAUUGAAGAAUGUACUCUUCCAUAUGGGAAUGGUUUACAAGAUUAAUGCACCUACACCAUCAAUUUUCUCUAUAAUUGAUUUCGUGACUAGUCAUAUCUAAGAAGAGAAGAAUUUUUUUUGGAAGGGUAAUAGUCAAAAGUGAAUACAGAGAAUUCCUGGAGAUUUUUUCUUGGAAUUCUUCCUGUUACCUUCCAGCUCAGGUCUUUGCAGUCCAUCUGGGGUAGGCUUGCAGGAAGAUGUAGCUGUGGUUUUCCUAUAGGCCAGAAAAGGUCUCGAUGCAGUGGAGUCACAAACAACCCACUCUUGGAGCCAUCUCAGAUAUGGAGCUGCAGCUGUCAGGGUUUCCAUCUUAUGCUGGGGAGCAGAUCUUCAGGGCAGCUACCUCUGAACUGAGCACGCUGUGAGUCUUUGGAGGAGUGAGGCCAGAGAAGUAAUCCAUGUCAAAGGAAAAAAAAAAAAUCACAGCUCUUUCCCAGUUUUUAAUACGAAGAAUGUUUGGAUCUGCUUGUUUCUUUCUUUUAAGAAAAUAAAGAAGUUUAUUUUUUUAAAGGACAGGAAAAGUGGAAUCCAUAUGUUGAAUUUCCCUGGGAUAAAGCAUGCAACCAGCCCUUUCUCCCCAUUUUUCUUAUGCUGAGUGCACAGUGUCCUACAGAAGUAGCUAUUCUUUAAGGAAGCUCUCUGGGAGGAACUAUUGGUGAGUUAAAAUGUUUUAAUUUUUUUAAAAAGCUAGCAUUAUUUUUGUAAAGUAUUUAUUGAAUUGUAACAAUAACUCACAUGCGAGAUAUGUCUCUAACAUGAAAGGUUUCUGUAGAUGGAACUUGAUUGCCAAGAACAUGACUGUUGUUAGGCAAAGGUUUUAAUUCCAAAUUUUUAUAAAGUACAUAAAUACAUAAUCCUGUCAUUAAGCAGCUCAUCCCUGCAUUCUUAUGAAAGAUAAAAAUUACACCCAUGGGUAAAUAAAUACUUACAGUUCCAUCCUGCAAAAGACUGCCUUGCUGCAAGUCAGUGUCUUCAUUUGGAAAACUAAGGCUCAGUGUUACCAGAGGAAUGCCUGUUUUGGGGAUAUGUGGUCUGACACUCAUGUGUGCCCUGCAUGUGGAACCUCACACAGCAGCAAAGAUGACCGGUGUCGCAGUCAGCCUGAGCUGAAAGAUUCAAGACAAUGCCUUCUGCUAUAUACAGACACACACAGAUGAUAUUUAAGGUCCCUUCCAACCUAAACCAUUGCAGGAUUCUAUGAGAUGCUGUAGAUCUUUGGCUCUGUUGGGAUUUUGGGUCUGGUUGAUUGCAACCCCACUUACAGACAGGGGGUGCCCCCAGCACUAACACAGGCACAGCAACCCCGCUGAGUCUGGGCAGGGUCAGGCUUCUGUUGGUCUGCCCAGGUAGUCCAAAUCAGGGGCUACUGCACAUCUGCAACCUCAACUGGUCUGCUGAGGCAACCUCAGCAGCUGGAAACCUCGGCCAAGUCAUCCGAGCUUCUCGACACAGGCUUGAGUCGGAGGUGGGGGGAGGCGUGGAUGUGUUCUACCACAAGCUGGUAGUAACAAAACAUGGUUAGUUGAGCAAGAGGGUAAACAUGGGGAUCACCCCUUAAUUUUUAUAGAAACCAGAUUUUGUAAAUUCUUGCAAGGUCAUAAGAAGGCGCCACCAGCAAGCGGAGCGGUUAAAUUGACAGCAGAUGGAUGAAAGGCACAAGGAACUCCAGGAUCAGUCCCUUCAUAGGGAAGGCAGGUAUCUGCAACAUGGGGGAGAAAGCUCUUCUUCUUACUUCACUUAGGAGUGUGGGGGAACAACAUUCUCAGGUUUCUCUGGGAGGGAGAUGAGAGGACAAUCACAGUUCUUGAAAUAUAAAACACAUCCCUGCACUUUGUGGAUUAGUAAAUUAUGGUGGUGUUGAGAAAUGCUACUACACUGUUAACACAGAACAUAACACAAAAAGUGUCAGGGAAGAGGAAAAAUUAGUCUAAUAAAUGAAAUGACGCACGAAGUCUUACCGCUUGUAAUUUGCCAAGGCUGGAAACUCUGAGGCAGCCUAAUAAUCUCUGAUAGGACCUACCAGGUGU